AUGGUAUGCACCUCCCGGAAACAGGAACAGAAACGUCAGAAAAUGCGAACGUACCCCGACACUACCUUCGUGGAGCCAACGAAAGCCUUCGACACGGUGAGUAAUGGUAAACUCUGGAAAAUUAUGUAGGACGCCGGCUGUCCUAAGUGAUUCACCCACAUAAUGUGCCGGCUUCACAACGGCAUGAUGGUGCGCGUCACGGACAACGGGGCAGUCGCAGAAGCAUUCGCAGUGACUAAUGGAGUGAAGCAAGGCUGCCUACUCGCUCCUACAGUCCUCGGCAACAUGUUCACUAUCAUGCUGUUGGAAGUCUACUGUACUGGACGCCUGUGAUCAGUAUCGCCUGCCGAUCCGACGGCCGACUUCUCGGCACUCUGCGAAUGUGAGCAUCACGUGGGCUUCAACAACCGCUGUACAUGAACUCCUCUUGUAAGUACGACUGUGCACUCGGUGUACCAAUGGAGGCAGCCGUGCAAAGCAGAAUGGAUCAUUUCGCGUGCGACUGUGCUAAAGUAGGGAUGAACAUCAAAACAUAUAAAAUGAUGGUCAUUCGCCACCCCGGGUCUUUGGCCGGCUACAAGCCUUCAUGUGGAAUCGCCAUGGUAUCUACCUUAACACCAAGCCGAAGAUGCACGUAGGUGUCAUCAUGACAAGGCUGGCGUAUGUGACGGAGACCUGGACAGUCCGCGAGAAUCAAACAGCGAAACUCAAUCACUCCCACCCCAGCUGCUUCCAAAGAAUACUGAAGUUAGGAGGGAAAGACAGGAUUCCAGACACAGAAGUUCUUGAAAGAACCGGAGUCUUAAGCAACCAAGCCCUGCCAAAGCAAAUUCAGCUGCAUUGGAGCAGCCAACCAGUUGGGAUGGAUGACGAGUAACUACCCAAUCGACUCUUCUGCGCCGUUGUCGGGCAAAAAGUACACUACAAGAGAAUCCUGAAGAACUCUCUCAAGCACUAAUAAAUCACCCAGGAGACCUGUACAGACUUCGCCCAGGAUCGAACGGUAUGGGGAUGAGCUGUGAAAACAGGAGCAGCAAUCUACGGGGUCAACCAUCGCCAACACCCGACUAAUUCCAACAUGCCCGCGGCACCAGCAAAUUUUUCGUUCACGGAUCGGCCACGUCGGGUGACUCCAGACUCAAUGCAUAAACAAUCCGACAACUUCUCCUGCUGCUUCUGCAAACGCCCUAUCGUCGCUCUCGCACCAGCCACCAUCGCACCCACGACAGUAACCACCACGAUCGCCACCGGUGAUCACACUCCUGAUGCCCCGACGCCUCAGACGACGUCGUCGAUUCCCACCACUUCUGUCACCCGUCUCAGAACACCCGCGACGAAGACGACCUCGACAACCACCUCUCCAACCCGCACAAUCAGCGAGGACACUCCCAACGUCCCUCAACCACUACCGUCACCACCACCGACCCCACCUCCAGCAAUGUAGUCUCUACCCCAGCCUCUCCUCAUAGCAACCACACCGUCUCACGCAUCGGACUAGUUGGUCAUUUGAGAAGUUAUCGCACUGAGACCAGCGCACCUGUGCCAGGAACCCCGGCACACGCUCACCGUAUCUCCCUCCACCGUCCGCACCACCUACGCACAUCUAGUCACCCCAUGGACCUACUCGACCACAUGCGCAUUCGCGACAGCGGAAUUCACAGCAAUAUCAACACGCCAAGAACACCCGACAACUCUCCCAUCCCCAGUACUAUUAACUCCUCCUCCAACAUCGCGGCGGCCACUAGCGGCAUAACCAGCGCAACGAACUCAGCGGCUCCUAACCUAUCCUGCCCACAUUGCCGCCGCACACGCACACCAAGCAUCGGUCUGACCAGUCACUUGGAAUCCAUCGCACAAAGAUUGGCGUCCCUGUACCUGGAGCACCAACAUAACCCACCGCACCCGCAUCAAAUGCCCACACUGCCCAAACACAUUCAGUCACCGCAUGGGUCUACUCGGUCAAGUGAGCAUCUAUGA